AUGGAACAAACUAUUAUAAGUACAUCUAGUGGGUCUAGUAAUGUAGCUGGGGAAAGACGACCUGAAAUAUUUGCAAAUAACUUUUGGGGAAAAGAAGAAGCGGGGUAUGACGCACUUAUGUCUAGACUUAGGCAAGCUAAGCAAACUUGCGAUGAAGUGAAAAAUAUGUUUCAAGAGAGAGCAUUGAUCGAAGAAGAAUAUGCAAAAAAAUUAAUGAAAUUAUCCAAGUUACCAAUUGGCAAAGAUGAAACUGGAUCACUACGAGAUGCAUUAGAAGUAUGCAGACAAGAGAUGGAGGCAACAGCACAAGAACAUAUCACAUUAUCGCAAAAGAUCCGAACUGAACUUGUACAAGAAAUUUCACAUUUUAUAUUGAGACAAAAAGAAUCAAGGAAGUUGCAACAAGCCAUUGUAGAUAGAAGUUUGAGGAACAAGAGAGAACAAUCAGUAUUAGUUCAAAGGGCUAAAGAAAAGUACGAAGCGGAAUGUGUGAAAAUUACAGGAUUAUUGGCCAGUAAAAAUUCCGUGAUGGGUAAAGAUUUGGACAAGUUAAAUUUGAGGAUAGAAAAAACUCAAAUGGCAGCAAAAGCAGCAGAUCAAGAAUAUAUUCAAUUAGUUAAAAAUAUACAAAUAACGACAAAAACAUGGAAUUAUGAUUGGAAAACGGCAUGCGAUAAAUUCCAAGAUUUGGAAGAAGAUAGGAUUGAUAAAUUAAAAAGUUUUUUAUGGACUUAUGCAAAUCUUAUUUCAACCGUUUGUGUAGCAGAUGAUGAAUCAUGUGAGAGAAUCAGAAUUUCAUUGGAAAAUUGUAACGUUGAAAAAGAUAUAUUAAUAUUUAUCAGAGAGAGGGCAACGGGACCUGAUAUACCUGAACCGCAAAGUUAUGUUAACUUUUACGCGGGUCCAAAAGAUAAUGGAGUAAGAUAUAAGCGAGCAUCAUUUGAUAGGGUACCGGAAUAUGUAGAUGUAAUAACGACACCUACAACGCAAUUAGAUCCAAAUAAAAGACUCUCACUAUGUGAAUUACCAAUCACAAAUAAUAAUAAUUCUAAGGAUAAUUGUGUAUAUCAUACAAGAAAUGAUUCAGAUGGUUAUUCAAAUGUGAAUAUUGAUAGAGCAACUCUAUAUGCAAAUACAACAUCAACUAAAAAAAACAAUAAUAAUGGAGGAAUAGUAAAUGAGGUAGAAAGAACUGAGAACAACGAGGUGGAAGAAGAACCAGUUGAUCCUAGAUCAAAACAAAUGUUAUCAAUUGGAAAUAAUGUAUUAGAGCAAAAGCAUUGGCAAAUUUGGAAUUAA